AGACGCUGGUACGUGCGCAGAAGUCCGCUUUUCUUCUUCUUCAGAACAAGUGUGGUUUGUUUGUUUGUCUGUGUGACACACAGUUCUGCAAGUCGAGGAUAUUAUUCAAUUAGUAAGAGAGUAGAGAGAGAGAGUUGAAGCAGAAAUCAAUGGCGUAUCUAAGCAUGGGAGAGGCACACAGACGAAUAACCGAAUAUCUAAACCGCUUCUCCGACGCCGUUUUUUCCCAAGAUUGCCCUUCUCUGAAGCAGCUCCUCGCCCUCUCCUCCGAUUCCCCCCCUCUCCUCUCCCUCGCCGAUGCUCUCAACGUCUUCCAGGACGCGAAUAGAGUCAUCAAACAGUCUGAUAGAUACACUGAGUUUGGUGAAAUCAUUGUUCCUUUGUUUCGCUCUUUACAAAAUUAUCGACUUGGACACUUGGUUGAUUCCUACCAGGCCUUCGAAAAAUUUGCCAAUGCUUUUAUUCAGGAGUUUCGGAAUUGGGAGUCGGCUUGGGCUUUAGAAGCAUUGUAUGUCAUAGCUUAUGAAAUUAGGGUUCUUGCAGAGAGGGCUGAUAGAGAACUAUCUUCUAUUGGAAAAAUGCCAGAGAAGUUGAAGGGGGCUGGUUCAUUCCUAAUGAAAGUUUUUGGGGUUCUCGCUGGGAAAGGCCCAAAACGUGUUGGAGCAUUAUAUGUGACAUGCCAAUUGUUCAAAAUUUACUUUAAGCUUGGUACAGUUCACCUUUGUCGAAGUGUGAUAAGAAGUAUUGAAACUGCUCGAAUAUUUGAUUUUGAGGAAUUCCCUGUCAGGGAUAAGGUAACCUACAUGUACUAUACAGGCCGUUUGGAAGUGUUCAAUGAAAAUUUUCCUGCUGCUGAUCAUAAAUUAUCAUACGCCUUAACACAUUGCGACCCUCGUAGUGAAGCAAAUAUCAGGAUGAUUCUGAAGUAUCUGAUACCUGUCAAGCUAUCAAUAGGCAUCUUACCUAAAAAUUCACUCCUCAAGAAGUAUAAACUGGUUGAGUACAGUGAUGUUCUACAAGCUCUAAAAAGUGGAGAUCUCCGACUUCUUCGACAAGCUCUUCAGGAACAUGAAGAUCAGUUCUUAAGAUCGGGUGUUUAUCUUGCCCUAGAGAAGCUAGAGCUCCUAGUUUACCAAAGAUUGGUAAAGAAAAUUUACAUAAUCCAGAAACAGAAGGAUCCAAGUAGAGCACACCAGGUCAAAUUAGAAGUAAUUGUUAAGGCAUUGAAAUGGCUCGAGAUAGACAUGGAUGUUGAUGAGGUAGAGUGCAUUAUGUCCAUUCUAAUAUACAAGAAUCUUGUGAAAGGGUAUUUUUCUCACAAGAGCAAAGUGGUUGUUCUGAGUAAGCAGGACCCUUUCCCCAAAUUGAAUGGUAAGCCUGUGAAUGCAUAAAGAUGGUCGGAAGGUUAUUUUUUAUAGAGCAACGUGCUACUCCAAUUUCAAUGGGCAAGUUAAUUUCAUGACCGGGCAAGUCAGAAUCCUGGUUCUUUAGCCGCCUAAGCUUCUGAUCUAAUUGAUUCUGGAGAAAUGGGGUCAGAUGCUGUGAUAUGUUGCCAUCACAGGCUGCAUUAUUUAGUAUCUUAGACAAGUAUAAUUUAUGUCCUUACUGAUAGAUCACUGUUCUUAGUGCAGCACCGUUCUAUGCUGCAAUGAAUGUAAGCUGUUCCGUUUAACUUUUAUUAAUAUUUCCCUUUUUUUUUUCUUUCUUUUUUCUUUUUUUUCUUUUUUUUUUAUAAUGGAUGAAAAUUUGAGGUGGUCGAAUGGGACUGAACGCUCUUCAGUUCAAAGACGUCUUAUAAUUAAUGUAUUCAUGAAAUGUUUGGGAGAGGGAUGAAGUUUAUGGCAUGGUCUUUAGUGGUUGGCAUUUA